CUGAAAAGCAAAAUCUCCAAGAGUGGAGCCAAUCAAUGUCCCAUCUUCCCGUGUUAGAGUGGCAUACACCAAUCCUUUUGCUUGCCGCUACUCCACAAUGGAUACAUCGUCAACCACACAUAUACAUAUGGCCACCAAUGGUUAAUGCUACCCCUGGCCCUCCGCCCCAGUCAAGGGACCAUGCACCGCAGCAUCCGCUAAGCCUUGCUGGAUGAGGGCCAGGUUCGGCCUGAGCCCAAAAGGCUUGACAUGUCCCUCUCUCUAGCUCCCCGACUCUCUCAUUUUACCUGUAGUGUCGACCUGAUUCAUCCCACAAGGCGCGGCACUCAGUCGUUCGCCCAUCUCAAGCGCCCGUCACAGCGACCAUGGCAUCGCAAUGGAUCCAAAGCCCCGAGUUAGCAUACAGCAACGGACAGGGGGAUGGUGAGAAGCAGGUGGCCUCCCCGCAGGACACGACCAAAGAGGUCGUGACCGGCGGCGGCUAUGUCCCCAACUACAAUGGCGCGGCGGGCUAUUCCGGACACAACGAUCACUGGCAGCAGAGCUUCCCCCAGCACACAACGGCCCCGGCCCCGGCCCCGGCCUCCGAGCCGGAGAUCACCGAUCAUCACGGCGAACACCCGACAGAGCAUCCAUCCCCGAAGCGGCGUAAUUGGCUGAUCUUCGGUAUUGCAGUGCUGGUCGCCAUCGUGGCGGGCGUUGCCGGUGGCGUUGCGGGAUGGGUCAAGGUGAAUGAAGCCAAGCAGGCUCAGAACUGUGGCCCAGGCGCCGGCUCUGCGGGCGGGGGAGGAGGCGGAGGCGGAGGCGGGGAUUCGUCCCCGCCGCCGCCGUUCUGCCCGACGUCGGCGAACGAUACGACUGGUGCCAAGAACACUAUCAGGGAGAACUCGGCCCUGGCCGUGGCGGGAUAUCAAUAUGGCAAGGACAACGAUUUUACAAUCAGGCUCUUCUACCAAGCCCCAAAUGACACCAUCAUAUUCAGCACGUAUAUCGCCAUGUACGGCCGAUGGACAGCGCCGCGUGCAACGAGCUCGAGCGUAAAGGCCAUGGGUGGCACUCCGAUGGCCGCCACUAUGAUCUACUUCAGCUACAGGGAUACUGUCGCACCACCCACACCCCAACUGCAACUAUAUUUCCUGUCCCCCGAGGCCAACUUAGCCGGCUAUAACUGGCGCGACGUCGUGCCCGGCGGCGGCGAUGACUCUAUCAACCCCAGGGGCAUUCUGGCAUCGCCGAAGAGCUCCUUGUCGGCGCUGUGGCCCUACGUCCAGUACACGAGCAAUAGGGGUGACGUUAGCGAGGUCAAGGAGUCGGCCACGGCACGCGCGUUUCCGAAUUUCACGUCAUCUGACGUCGGCACCGGCGCGUCCUUCCUCGUCCUCCCGGGCAUGGUCGACCGCGGCGGCGACGAGAACGAGGCGCGGUUCUUCUUCCGCGGCCGCGACGGCAAGAUCCGCCUGCACACGCGCGCGGCCGACAACGGCGUCGUGUCCGCCUCGUCGGGCUCCCUCGACCUGGCCAUACCCGAGGGCGCGGCCCUGGCCGGCUUCACGUACGCCCGGGGUGGGGGCGGGCUCAACACCCUGCUGCUGUUUCAAGACGCCGAAAAGGCCAGGGCCAGCGGCAGCAGCGCCAACGGCGGUAUCGUAAUCGUGUCACAGACCGACGGCAGUUCCGGGACCAAGUUCUCGGCCCCGACGUCGGACCCGGUCUUCGCGUCAGCCGCUGUCCCGACGUCGAUAACCUGCUUGACAAAGGGUCCCGGAGUGAGAUACGACCAGGGUUACGUGUCGAUGGCUCUAUCUACCAGGACGGAACUCAACAGGUGCUAUUUCCAGUCAAAGGAAGGCGGGAUAAGGGAAGUCCACUAUGACGGCACCAAAUGGUCUGAUAGGGGCCACCUACCCAUGCCAUAAUAUCUGGGCAUCCAUAGGGGAGGAUUUGGUGUGAAGUGUUGACUUAGGGAUAUGUCUGCAUGUCGUAUGUCUCUAGUGUGUCAACGGGGCAGGAAUCCUCUUUGUCUUUCUUUGUCAUAAUCAUAACCAGGCCCGAGUUGGGCCCUUACGUUGAAUAUCUCAUGUCAAAUCAGGCUAGAACAAAGACCUUUCUUUGGGGUUAAGAACGACUUGAUUCACAGCGCA